AUGGAGGCGAAAUCACUUACUUCUGAUGUAUGAAUUGACUUCAGACAGAUGGCAAAGAAUGCAAAAACUAUAGAUAUCGCAAAACUGAUUUGUAAGCAAAUUGAAGGUACUGAAAGAGAAUUAUCUCCAUCAGAUAUUAUCUUGUAUGCUAACGGCAGACGGCUUUAUCCUAACGAAAAGCGUGAUGAAAAGAAUUGGCUGCACCUCUCAUUUAUGUUUGCACCCAACGUCCCGAUAUGGAAAAUCCAUUACAGAAUCAGCUAUCUCAAAAUAGCUGGGCUGAUCAGUUUUCCAUUUCCCGAGAGAUAUACAAUUUAUGACCUACUGAAUAAGAUCAUCGAGCGUAUUUCUCUUGACAAUAAUUCAGAUUUUAGACAAAUUAAAUUCAAGUGCUACGAUAUAUUGAGCCCUGAUGCUCCAUUGCAAGUAAUAAAUAAUGCUUGCUCGCUAAACAUUAUAUUCAAAAAUGAUAAAGUUUAUACCCUUGCUUAUGUACGUGUUUUAAUAAGUUUUGAUGACGGAAGCUCAACAUGGGUAUACAUCAAAGGACAAUCAAAAAUCAUAAAAUUAAAAUGAAUUCUAGCCUGCAAAGGUAAAAAGGUCGAUCGACUGGUCAAAAACAACAUGCUUUUAAAUGACAAUGAAACCAUCGAAAAUCUAGGCAUUAAAGAUGGUGAUAUUAUUGAAGCCCAGCAUGGAGCCUUAGGUGGGGCUACAAAUGCUGGCUUUAUAUUUGCCAAUCUUUCCCAUGAAAAAGAAGUCCAUUUGAAAUUUGAUGAAAAUGCUCCAGCCUGAAGAACUGCAAAAAGAGGAAUUUCUUUUAAAACUAAAUGCUACAACCCUGAAUGUGAAGCCUCAAGAGAGGGGUUUAUUUUAGUCAAUAAAGGAUUUGGAGUUUUUAAUAUUGGGGAAACUACGACUGAUUUAUAUUGCCCAGUUUGUAAGCGAAAAGCAGCAGAUGCAGAAAAUUGUGGAUUUUUUGACUGCAAAUGGAGAUUUAGAGGGGUAAAGAGUCAUAGAAGUGACGAAAUUAGCAUGCCGAUUGAAUCUGAAACAUGUGAAGCUGGGAGAGAUAGCUAUACCACUUUUGAAGAGUAUGGGGAAAGAUGGAAUUGGAUUAAAGUUGAAGUUAGAGAAAAAGGAGAAGAAUAUUGAUUGAGUACAAAAAAAGAUUGGAAUUUAACUCCCACCCCCGUGAGUGAACAAAACCAUUAGAAAAAAUCCCUAUUUUUUGCCCGAAUAAAAAUUCUUUUAAUAGAAAAAAAUUUUUAUAUAUAAGUGAUAAUCAUAUAAUGAAAUCUCGAGCUAAUUCUGUUUAAUUUUAAACAAAUUGCGUUUUAACACAUAAAUUUUACAAAUUAAAUUAAUAUUUGCUUCCAAUUUUUGCGAAUUAGGAUUUUUUUUAAAAAUAAAAAUUAACCUCCCUCCAUGAGCAAACAAAAUUUUUUUAAAAAUAAAAAUUAAACCUCCCUCCAUGAGCAAACAAGAUUUUUUAGUUCGCUCACGGAGGGGGAGUAA